AUGUUACAUAUACUAUAGAUUUUCAAUACUGGCAGUGAAUAUCGGAACGCACCAUAACCUGUGUUCCACGCGGUGAGCAUCUCUUCUAAGAAAAUCACAGAAAAGAGACGUGGAGCUUUUCUUUGCUGUCGAUUUUAGAGAGCGAAAAUAUGGCUGAAGCAGAUGAGACUCAGAAGAAGAAAAGGACUUUCAGGAAGUUUACCUUCCGAGGAGUUGAUCUCGAUCAACUCCUGGAUAUGCCCAAUGAGCAAUUAAUGGAUCUGAUGCAUGCAAGAGCACGCAGACGGUUUUCUCAUGGACUAAAGAGGAAGUCCAUGGCACUUGUGAAGAAGUUACGCAAGGCAAAAAAGGAAACACCUCCUAACGAAAAGCCUGAAAUCGUCAAGACCCAUUUGAGGAACAUGAUCAUUGUUCCAGAAAUGGUCGGUUCCAUUGUCGGAGUGUACAAUGGGAAAACUUUCAAUCAAGUAGAAAUCAAGCCUGAAAUGAUUGGGCAUUAUCUUGGAGAGUUUUCUGUCACAUACAAACCAGUUAAACAUGGUAGGCCUGGUAUCGGUGCUACCCAUUCUUCUCGAUUUAUUCCACUUAAGUGAGAUGUAACUUGUGUCAAUAAAUGUACCAACAAUAUAAUACAGACAAGUUAAUUUUGA